CACACAUGAUACCCCUGAUUUCAUUUUGCCACAUUCUCUUCUCCCCCAUCUCUAUUCCACCGUCCUUUCCCUUCAAGCAAAGGCCUGCUCCCAACCACUCAAAGCUUCCCUCGAAUUCUCCUCAUAAAGAGAUCAGAUCACGAAUUAAAGAUCAACCCUUUUCUUUUCCAUGUUUUGAUCGCAGAAAGAAGAGUUUUUUCAGAUACUUUUCCGGGAAAAGUUUUGGAAUCUUGAUCACUAGUAUGAGUUUGCAUCACUGCUUUUGAAUUGACCUCCGGAUGCUCUUUCCAUAUCUUGCCAUGAAAUCCUGAACCUCUCUGUCUGUCUGUCUCUGUCUCUCUCUGUGUUGUGAUAUCACUCGUCAAGAACCCAAGAAGCAUCGGCCCUCACGCUUUUCCUCACUUCCCUUUUGUGCAAUAUUUCCUUUCACAGUUGUCCAAGUCCUCCGGUGCUUCGAAACUGAAGAUAGAAAGUCUAAUACAACAAUUGAGCAUGAUGAAUUUCGUGCUCUCGAUAUCUUUCGUGGUCCGAUUUGCCGCUGAAAAGUUCCUCACACAUGAAAGGACAAGCCUCUUUGCAUAAGUAACUUACGUAUCUGUUUGGGAGCUACAGAUUUAGCUCUAAAGGGUUCAGAGGUUUUCUGGGUUCUGUUCUGGCCUAAUGCUCGUGAGGGAAGCAACGUCUCCCAUGGCCGCGCUCCACCACCAUCCACACCGCCUGCUGCUCGACAAGGAGCCUGAUUCUGUGCAGAACAAUGGGACGCGGACUCGGGGACCCUACGGUAACGAGGCAAAUUUCGACACCAACAUGGUGAUCAUACUCGCGGCCCUGCUCUGCGCCCUGAUUUGCGCCCUGGGAUUGAAUUCGAUUGUGAGAUGCGCGCUCCGGUGCAGCAGGAGGUUCACCUUCGAGACCCCCGAUCAGACAGCUGCUAGGUUGGCUGCCACAGGACUUAAGAAGAGCGCGCUGCGCCAGAUUCCUGUCACUGUGUACAGAGUGGGAAUAAAUAUCCCGGCCACAGAUUGCCCAAUUUGCCUUGCAGAGUUCAUGGACGGCGAGAAAGUGCGGGUGCUUCCGAAGUGUCACCAUGGGUUCCAUGUGAGAUGCAUCGACACUUGGCUGGUAUCUCAUUCUUCGUGCCCCACUUGCCGCCAGUCAUUACUAGAACCUCCGCCUCCAGCGCCUGCUAUUUCCGAUGCGGCAGGAGCAACACAUCCACCAGGAGGAGAGGUGGACCUGCCGAUACAGGUUGAUGAGUUAGGUUGAUCUGCAUUUUCAACUAGCAGCCCCUAGUUUUCUUGAACAGGAGAGAGGACGAAAAAAGGAGAAUUCUUUGUAAUAGGUGAAAUAUAGCUGAUGUGAUAUAGAGUGUCAAUAGAGGAAUAGAUUAGUUGGACUUGCAUAUUUGUCUCUGCACUAUGCAUGUGUUAAGGUUUCUGAGACAAUACCGAGACUGUUUUUAGAUACAUAA